UCAAUCCUGCAAUAUACCGGAGCGGAGAAAGAAUCCAUCCCUAUAUCUUUCUAUCAGUGUACGGGGAGCAAAUCAGAUCUAUCUUACUUGGGAUGCAUUAAGGCUCUUUUUGUAAUUUUUGGUUAUGGAACUCAAACUCAGGCAAAAGGACAUUUGAUUUAAACCAGUUGGACAAUUUUUGCCCUUUUGCAGUUGACAAACUUUGCAUCACGUUGCCAAGCGAGAAAGAAGGAUAAAGCACGCUCGGUAUGGCGCGCGCUAACUUUUGGCUGUGCUUGGCGGUGCUCGUGGCUCUGGAACUGUGCGGCAGCGACGAGCCCGAGCUGCUGUCGCGCCCAGCGGCGCCCUCUGAAGUGCCCGUGAUGCCCGUGAUGGCCGUGAUGCCCUCGGCCGUGUCUCUGCUCGAGGUGAUGCACGAGGAGGAAGUGCCGGAGGAGGAGGAGGAGGAGGCGGAGGAGGAGGAGGCGGCGGCGGCCGGCGCGCGACAGUGCUCGGCGUGCGCGUGGCGCGAGCAGAGCCGCGCGCUGCGCCUGGAGACCAUCAAGUCGCAGAUUCUGAGCAAGCUGCGACUCAAGCACGCGCCCAACAUCAGCCGCGCCGUGGCCGAGCAGCUGCUGCCCCGCGCGCCGCCGCUGCAGCGCCUCCUGGACCAGCACGACUUCCAGGGAGACGCGGCGGGAAUAGGAUCCGCGCGAGAGAUGGACGAGUUCACCGAGGCGGACGAGUAUCACGCCACCACCGAGUCGGUGAUCGCAAUGGCCUCGGAGCCGGAGCCAAUUGUCCAGGUGGAUGGAAAACCAAACUGCUGUUUCUUCAAGUUCAGUCCCAAGUUAAUGUUCACUAAAGUGCUGAAAGCCCAGCUGUGGGUUUAUCUGCGACCGCUGCAACAAACCUCUACUGUUUACCUGCAGAUCCUGCGUCUUAAACCUGUGACCGAUCAGGGCAGCCGCCACAUCCGCAUCCGCUCACUCAAGAUCGAACUCAAUUCACGUUCAGGCUACUGGCAGAGCAUUGACUUUAAACAUGUUCUGCAGAACUGGUUCAAGCAGCCACACACAAAUUGGGGCAUUGACAUAAAUGCCUUUGAUGAAAGUGGCAACGACCUUGCUGUGACCUCACUAAGGCCUGGAGAAGAAGGGCUGCAGCCGUUCCUGGAGGUGAAGGUUCUCGAGACGACAAAGCGUUCGCGUCGCAAUCUCGGCCUGGACUGCGAUGAGCACUCGACCGAAUCUCGCUGCUGCCGCUACCCACUCACAGUGGAUUUUGAGGCAUUUGGAUGGGAUUGGAUCAUUGCUCCUAAACGCUACAAGGCUAACUACUGUUCAGGCCAGUGUGAGUACAUGUUCAUGCAGAAGUACCCACACACCCAUUUGGUGCAGCAUGCUAAUCCCAGAGGCUCAGCCGGACCCUGCUGUACACCCACCAAAAUGUCCCCCAUAAAUAUGCUUUAUUUCAACGACAAACAGCAGAUCAUCCACGGAAAGAUUCCCGGCAUGGUGGUGGAUCGCUGCGGCUGCUCUUAGACACAAACGGUGGCUCAUUUUGUCUGCUCAUGACUGUUCAAGUGUCUCCUGGUUUGCUUUCUUCCUACGUCCUGGAAAAGCGACACAAAGAUCAAGGAGGUCAAACUUAACUUGUUACUGUAGUCAGCUAAUAACAGAAUAAUUCAUGGUUAAAAAAAAAAAAAAACCUGAAGC